UCUCUUAUUUCCUUUCUCUCUCUCUCUACCCCCUCCCACCACAACACACUCAGAAAAUGUAGAAAUGCAACAAAAUUUUCUUCCAAACAAAAACGUAUGAAUUGGUCGGUUUAGCAAUGAAUCAUCUUCCCUUACCCACAUAAUCACCACCUCCAAUUUUACAUCUUUUUUGCCAGGUUUUACCCUCUCUGUCUCUUUCUCUGUUUCUGUCUCUUAGUUUCUUUCAAUGGCACAAGUUCAAGACAGAGACAACACCCGCAACAACCAUCAUUACAUUUCUUCAGCACCCACAACAACAGCACAAUCUCCAAUGAACAAUUUGCCCCGAGAUCUGUUGAGGAGCUUCAUGGGAGUGAACAAUCAUCACGGCCACCAUGGUAAUCAUCAGAAUUUGCCUGUACCGGUGGUGAAGUUAGAGGAAGAAGAGGAGUUGGAACUAAGUCUCGGGCUUUCGAUGAAUGGUCGAUUUGGGGUGGACCCCACCGCCAAGAAGAUAAAGAGAACUACGUCGAUUCCGGAGUUCGUGAGGGACGAGAUGGGGUACGCUGUUGUGCAGUGCACGGCGCCUCUGGUGAGGACGUGCUCGCUGCCGACGGAGACGGAGGAGGAGUGGCGGAAAAGGAAGGAGUUGCAGACGCUGCGCCGCAUGGAGGCGAGGAGGAAGCGCUCCGAGAAGCAGAGGAAUUUGAAGGCUCUCAGAGAGCAACAGCAACAACAGCAACCAAGGGUUGGGUCUGAAGGGAAUAAUCCUGUGGAACAAAGUGCAGGGGCUUACGCUGAGGGUGCCCCCCUGGGGAGAACCGUGUCGUUGACCACACGCGUUUGUGGACUCGGUUUGAAUGGGGACAGCGAGAAAGAGAAGAAGGAAAAGGGUGGAGUGGUGUUGGCGCCUCCAUCGCCUUCGCAGGGUUCCAUUGGUUCUUCGGGAACCUCAGAAGUUGAGUCUCGACAAGGUCAAGGACCAACACCAAUAGAUGUUAGAAGCCCUACUAGUGGCAACUUGCAGCCAGAUAGUGAGCUGAAAUCAGCAAUUGCAGCCCAAGCAAGUGUUGCAGAGAAUGGUAGCAAGAAUGCUGGUGCAGUGGGUGUGAGAAGUGAAUCUAACAAGCAUUCAGUACCCCAGAACAGAACCAAAGACAUUGUGAGGAACUUGUUGGAAGACAUGCCCUGUGUCUCCACAAAAGGUGAUGGUCCUAAUGGAAGAAGGGUAGAAGGUUUUCUUUACCGGUAUGGGAAAGGUGAGGAAGUGAGGAUAGUGUGUGUUUGCCAUGGCAGUUUUCUCACCCCUUCAGAGUUUGUUAAGCAUGCUGGUGGCGGUGACGUGGCAAAUCCAUUGAAGCAUAUUGUUGUUAGUCCAAGCAUUUUGUGAGGCCAAGAGAAAGAACCAACCAAUCAUCAUGAGUCAUCAAAUUUUUACUCAAUUGAUUUCUAUGUUCACUCUUGAACUCACUUUGACUUCUGAUCUGCAUGUUAUGUUCAAGUUCUUUUCAUCCUUUCAAAUCAUAGAUAAUAUAUUAUUAUGAAAGAAUCUUGUUUCUUAUUCA